AUGCACUUUUCCUCCCUCGCCACCCUGGCCCUCGCCACUGUCGUUGGGGCAGCCGACAAUGCUGUUCAGUAUGUCCUGGCCACAGCAACAAUAACCCAAUGCGCUUCCCUCGAAGUCUUGACCCGAACCGUCGACCUCGAGGUCCUGGGUCCGACCUGCAUCAUAAAAUAUCCAGAGAUCUCUGGAGGCCCUAUCAUCGUCGAGGUUGAGGCCCCCGAGUGCGAUUGCGGAUGCAAGACUUGCAUAAACACAAUUGAGUAUACGACAUACUUCCCAGCCUUUUGCUCUACGGGGCUCUACGAACAAAAGUACGUUAUUACAGAAACAUAUAAAGGAAUGGAGGCCCAGCCUACCAUAGAGUCUCAAUCUAUUCCUUUCGGAUUCACUUGCGAUGUGCAGACGUGUACUACAUGUGGUCCUGAGCCCAUCACUGCCACUAUCACGUACCCAGUCAAUGGGCACCCAUACAUCAACGGCGGUGCUCGCCCCACACUGAUGCCUGCGAAGCCUGGCGAGAUCAGUGCCGAGAGCGGCGGUCCAAGUGGCGGACAGGCUGGUAGCAACGACGGCAGCCGUAGCGGGCAGAACGGAGAAGAGAAUGGUAGCAACAGUAGCAGCCACAGCAGUAGCAAAAGCGCUCAGAAUGGAAGUCACGAUGGUAGCCAGACUGGCAACAACAGUGGUAUCAAUGGCGAUAGCAACGGCGGUAGCCAGAGCGGUCAGAAUGGUGGACAGGAUGCGAAGUCCAAUAAAGGAAACGCCGAGCCGGAGAUUACAAGAACUGAUGACGGAUUUGAGUCAAGUGUCAGGCCAACCUCUGGCACUUAUACUUCUGAGGCUGUCUCUCCCGGAACUUCAGAUGUCCCAUUCGCCGUGUCGGGAGCCGGUCGGGAGCUUGGGUUGACUGGCCUGGGCAUGGCAUUCUUAGCUGUUGUCCCGCUGAUUUUCCUGUAG